AUGUCGACUUUCUGGUCCGCCAAAGCGCGCUUCGCGCAGAUCCAGGCGCGGAUCCAGCGGUGCUUCCGCAUCUACCGCUGGCGAAGGAGGUUUGUGGAUGUCUCCAUCCGCCAGAUUGGAUGGCUGGGCUCCCUUUCCUGGCUGCAGGAGCAAAACCUCCUGUAUGGCACGGAACUGGCGGACAAAGAGGAUGUCAGAUGGUGGUCCGAGCAGCGCGCUACGGCUCCUCUUGACCGGGAGGUGGAUCCUUGGGGCGCUCUAAAGUUGCGUGAGCAUCUGGACAAGAUGUGGUACGGCCUCAGCGAGAACUUGGCCAAGGAGGAAGAGGAACUCCUUCUGCUGCAUCACCACCAGAAGCAGUUGCUUAGGUCGCAAAGUACGUGGCAGGGGCAGCAGCCACAGCAGUCACAGCAGCCACAACCACAGCAGCCACAGCAGCCCCCACAGCCAAAGAACCCGCCGCAACAGCAGCAGCCAAAGCAGAAGCCGCAGCCAAAGCAGCUGCAGCAGCCGCAGCAACAGCAGCAACACCAGCAUUUGCAACAGCAGAAGCAGCAUUUGCAGCAAAAGCACACUGGGUGGAUCACCGCUUCGCACUCGAAUCUCCGAGAGUGGCCGGCUGUGAAGAUCACUCAGAAGCUUUCGGCCACCGUGAAGAACGUCAAGUCCUCUCCGCGCUACGACCUUCCGGCCAAGGGCGUGAUGCUGAGGAACUACUCCCGACCUGUGGGCUUCAGCGCCGCAGCGCCGGUCAUGGCGCGGUCCAAGUCGCCCUGCAGCCGGCCUCAAAGCAGCUGGGCGCCGACAUUGCUUCCGAGCAGCCGCAUGUCGCCCCCAGGCCAGGAGCGGCGCCGCGGCAAGGAGGCGUAG